GUUUAUUCAACGAAACUUGCACUAACGCGUCAAUUCCUACCUCGUUAACCCCAAAAAGUACAACAUGGAUCCGGGCGAAUUCGGCUACUCCACGCUCCCUCUCCAACAUGACCCCUAUCCAGCCAUAUCACCUGAUACAUUGAAAGGCGCGAAUGGAGGCAAAGUCGCCGUCGUAACGGGUGCUGGGAGGGGCAUUGGUGCUGCCAUUGCAGAAUCUCUUGCCAUGUCAGGAGCAGAUGUUGCAAUACUCGACCUUAAGGUCGAAAAUAUGGCGCAGACGAAGGAAGCAUGUAAAGCCCAUGGGGUGAAAGUUGAGGCUUACGCUUGUGAUGUCUCUGAUCAAAAGGCGGUUGUUGAGACGUUUGAUAGCGUUGAGAAGGAGCUAGGUCCCAUUGAAGUACUGGUCAACAAUGCUGGUAUCCUAGAUCAAAGACCUCUCAUCAUGUCGACUUUUGAUGACUUCUGGCGUCAGAUUGAGGUCAACUUCAAAGCGCCCCUACUCACAAUCCACACCAUGCUACCUCGGAUGCGUGAGCGAGGUGGCGGAUGCAUCAUCAACAUUGCGUCGAGAAGCGGCACUGUAGAUGUACCAAUGACGCUAGGCUAUGUUACUUCGAAAGCUGCUCUCAUCCGGGCUACACAUACCCUGCAAAUGGAGAUGGCUCUAGACAACCUCGAUCCAGCCAUCCAUCUCUAUGCUCUGCAUCCUGGUGGCGUGCUCACUGGAAUGGGUGGAUCGGCGGCAAAAAAAGACGUCCUUGAAAAAUACGGGGAUGUGCGAGACGAGAAAUUCUUCAUGGAACUUUUCAAGGAUCCCCCAGCACUAUGCGGGCAGACGUGUGCAUUUCUAGCGUCGGGAAGAGGCAAGGAUUUGAGAGGACUGUAUUUAGACUGUCGGCAAGAUGUGACGAAGCUUCUAGAGAAAGGAAGAGAGACAUUACUGAAAGAGAAAAGAAACAAACUGACCGUGAACUUCUUGGAAGGAUACUGCAAUGAACCCUAG